UGGUUCAUGUCCAUGGUACAGAUGCACAAAGAUUUGCAAGAUAAACUGCAUACUAUGAAAGCAGAAGAAAUCGAACGGCGUAAGAAAAUUUUGGAGGAGUAUAAUGAAGAGAUGGCGAAAUAUUACGAGUUUUUGGAUUUAUAA